AUUGCUAACUGCCGUCAGCGUUGUUUUCCUUUUCGUAAGAGAGAGGACGUGUUGCACGUGUGGUCGUCAAAAAAUGGAGCAUAAAACGUACAAAAUUUAUGAUAUUGAGAAUACACCCCGUGUUAUUCAGGGGCUGAAAGUGGCCAAAUGUAUGAAAUCAGAUUCAGCCAUUGAAGAUGAAAGAAGGAAAGAGAGUGAGGUUGAUAUUUUGAGCAGGCUGGAAGAUCUUUCCGUAUCAGACACAUUGUUCUGUUCAUUUUGCAAUGUGAAUUUUAACCAUCAAUCUCAUCAGCGUCAACAUUAUAAAUUAGAUUGGCAUCGCUAUAACCUAAAACAAAAUCUUGCAGGUCUGAAAUAUGUCUCAGAGGAUCAGUUUCUAUCACUUGCUGAUGAUGUUUCAAGCAUUUCUGGUUCAGAAUCUGAAAGUGAAGAAUUGGAUGCAAACUCCUCAGAUAUGUCAAAUUCUCUAGGAAGACAAAAAGAGAAUACGGCAGAAAAAGAUGAAAAUGAAUUGAAUCAAAGUGAAAAGCAGAUACCAAACAGUGCAUUGCAAGCCUCUAGGCAUGCUAAAGUGUUUUUUGAAAAUUCAGAUGGAAAUAUUAUAUCUUUUUAUCGUUGUGUUUUACUUGGAAAGAAGGGCUUGCCAGAUAACAUUCACGAUCUGGUGUCAUUGGCAAAUAACUCUCUGAAGAAAACAACCUGGGCUGUUAUUAUGCUUGGCGGUGGACAUUUUGCAGCUGCUAUUUUUGAAGGAGGAAAAGUGACUGUGCACAAAACUUUCCACAGUUACACUGUUCGGGCAAAGCAGGGAGGAUCCCAGAGUGCCAGAGAUGGACGCAGCAGUGGGAGCCACCCUAAGAGUGCUGGCGCUAGUCUGCGGCGCUACAAUGAAGCUUCUUUUGCACAACACGUUCAAGAUAUUAUGACACAGUGGUCAUCCGAACUUGAAGCAUGUGACCUCGUGCUGUACCGAGCUGUUGGCCAUAAUCGAAAUAUUUUGUUUGGAGGUCGUAAUGCAUUGCUGGACAAAACAGAUCCUCGCCUACGUACGAUACCAUUUGCAACGCGCCGGGCAACUUUCAAGGAGUUGUUGAGAGUUCAUGACCUACUUUCCUCAGUUGAAAUGUAUGGUUCUGCAGAGUUUUAUAAAACAUCAUUUCCAACAUCACCUCGCAAGAAAACUGAUAAUGAUGCUAACAAAUCGGUGGCGGACAGUCAUGAUGAUGGUUUAAGUAAAGUUGAAGAGGAGCUUAGUUCUAGCACUGAAAGAGAAAGUAGGAAGAAAACCAGCCCCAAUAAAAAACUUAUAGAUAGGUCAAAACCUCGAAAGUCACCUCAUCGCCCACUUCCACAAAUUGUUACUUUGUUGGGUAAAAGUUCUUCGGAAAGUGAUAUUCAUUCUCUAGAUGGUACAACUAUGGAGAGAGCUGCAACUGAAAUACCAUUUAAUAAUACCUUGGUAGAAUAUGAGGAUACUGUACCUCUGCACGUGAAAAGUAAAGAUUUGAGAAAGAAAGUGAGGAAAAAACAAAAAAUGGAUAAUAUCCCAAAAGGGCCAUGCAGUGAUAUGAUAUUAGGCCUUAGAAAAAAUCUCAAAGCUGCUUGUAAACUGGGUGAUAUAAGUCUUCUGAAAUGCAGUUUGCCACCUAUUGCAGAAAGUUCUCUAGAAUCAACUGAAUCAGGUGCUGAAGCUGUUGAUAGCAAAUUGACUGAACAGCAAAGGUAUUCAGUCACAGCUGAUGAGAUGAACAUGUGUCUUAAUGAAAGUGUUGAUCAGGAUGGAAAUACUCUACUGCACAUUGCAGCAAGCAGGGGCUACUGUGAAAUAAUAAGGAUGCUGUUGUCUGCUGGAUCUGAUCCAUGUCAUAAAAAUAAAAAGUUGCAAACACCAUAUGUCGUAUCUUACAAUAAAGAAACGAAAAAUGUAUUCAGGCAGUUUUAUGCAGAGUUUCCUGAUAAGUACAAUUACAGAAAGUCACAGAUACCAGGUCCAUUAACAGAUGAAACAGAAAAAAAAAUGCUAGAAAAACGUCGAACGCAACGAAAGCUAAAGAGAGAGAGAGAGAAAGUUAAGAAGCAGGAAGAAGAAAAAAUAAAAAAAGAAGAGGCUGAAAAGGAGAGAUUUUUGCGCCUUAGUGACAGAGAAAAGUGUGCGUUGGCAGCAGAGCGCAGAAUGCUGUUGAAUGCAGAGAAGAACGGAGGAGUUCUUCCAACAAUCUCUCGCUGUUUUCAGUGUGCAAAAGAUAUCACUGGCUGUACCCCAUUUGAAUACAACAUGUAUAAAUUCUGUUCCAUUGAGUGCCUUAAACAACAUCGUAUCAGUGCAAAGGUUACUGGUAAAUCUUGACAGUUCAGCAGCAAAAUGCAAUCAUUUAAUCCUUUGCAUUACAGCAUUUGUAGCUGCCAGAAUCCAGAAAAUGUUGUGUUUUAGAAACGUGAUUUUAAAUAUUGUAGCUAUUUUAUGUAUGAGAUAUAAUUGUAGGAAAUCAAAGGAAAAAUCAUCAUUUUCAAAUAGUUAUUUAUUAAAGAAUUUAUUCAAUAUGUACUAAGCAGAAAUGAUACGUAAGCUUUAUACAUGUUUUUAUAUUGUGGUGUAACUGAAAAAGUCCAUUUUAGUGACAGUCAGGAACCAUAAUGAAUUUACAAAAUCAUUGGAGUGGAAUAAAUGGUUUUAAAACAAA